GAGUAUUGAGUCAGUGGCACUGAAAAUAUUGCAGGACACAAUCACAUCUGAAGAAAUUUCCAUCAACUCCAACAGAUUCUUUUUUUCUAAUAUAUAUAUGUAAAUAAUGUAAAUCUCUCCUGUUCCUCUCCAACGCUACCACCUUGUUAGAUUUCCAAGAAUUUUGUUAUACUUUGAUCUCCUCCUACCAAAGACUCAAUCACACACUCAACUGUGUGUUUGUGCGCUUUUCUUGAUAAGCUAAAAUGGUGUCGAAUCACUUGCAUCUCGAGGAGCCCAUAAGGAUGUCUUCCAUUCUUGAGCCCUCUAAACCUAAUUUCUUUCCAGCAAUGACAAAGAUAGUCGGGACUCUUGGCCCAAAAUCGCGGUCAGUGGAGGCUAUUUCUGGAUGCCUUCGGGCUGGAAUGUCUGUUGCACGGUUUGAUUUUUCAUGGGGCGACGCUGAAUAUCACCAAGAGACAUUGGAGAAUCUGAAAGCGGCUAUCAGGAGUACUAAGAAGCUCUGUGCGGUUAUGCUUGACACAGGAGGCCCAGAACUGCAAGUUGUAAACAAAACUGAGCACCCUAUUUCCCUUAAGGAAGAUGCAUUGAUCGUUUUAACACCUGAUCAGGACAAGGAAGCUACGUCUAAUUUACUUCCCAUUAAUUUUAGGGGGUUAUCCAAGGCAGUAAAGACAGGAGACACUAUUUUCAUUGGCCAGUAUCUGUUCACAGGAAAUGAAACAACUUCAGUAUGGCUGGAGGUAAAGGAGGUCAAAGGAGAGGAUGUGCAUUGCAUAAUCAAGAAUUCUGCCACAUUGGCUGGAUCAUUGUAUACUCUGCAUGUCUCUCAGAUCCACAUUGAACUUCCUACUUUGACUGAUAAAGAUAAGGAGGUUAUAAGGACUUGGGGUGCUCGCAACAGCAUAGACUUCAUUUCCAUUUCAUACACACGGCACGCGGAAGACAUCAGAAAUGCUCGUGAAUUUCUUUCUAAACUAGAUGGCCUCAGUCAGACUCAGAUUUUUGCAAAAAUUGAAAAUGUAGAGGGGAUGAUUCAUUUUGAUGAGAUUCUCCAAGAAGCUGAUGGCAUCAUCCUUGCUCGUGGAAAUCUUGGAAUCGAUCUCCCACCGGAGAAGGUGUUUUUAUUUCAAAAACAAGCUGUUCACAAGUGCAAUAUGGCAGGCAAGCCUGCAGUGGUCACUCGCGUUGUCGACAGCAUGACAGACAACUUAAGACCAACUCGUGCGGAGGCAACUGACGUUGCCAAUAUUGUACUCGAUGGCAGUGAUGCAAUCCUUUUAGGUGCGGAAACACUAAGGGGACUUUACCCUGUUGACGCUAUAUCUAUUGUUGGUCGAAUUUGCGCCGAGGCAGAAAAGGUUUACAAUCAGGAUUUGUACUUCAGAAAGGCGGUUAAGUGUGUUGGCCAACCAAUGUCUCACAUUGAAUCAAUUGCUUCCUCUGCUGUACGUGCCGCCAUCAAGGUCAAGGCAUCAGUCAUUAUUUGUUUCACUUCAUCGGGACGAACGGCCAUGCUUAUAGCUAAGUACAGGCCAACAAUGCCUGUAUUCUCUGUUGUCAUUCCACGUCUGAAGACGGAUCAACUGCACUGGACCUUUACUGGAGCUUUUGAGGCAAGGCAAUCUUUGAUCGUCAGAGGGCUUUUCCCCAUGCUUGCAGAUGCUCGACAUCCGGUUGAAACAACAAACGCAACAAACGAGUCCAUUUUAAAGGUUGCUUUGGAUCACGGCCAGGCCUCCGGCAUUGUUAAACCACACGAUCGUGUCGUUGUUUGCCAGAAAGUCGGGGAUGCAUCUGUGGUGAAGAUCAUUGAGCUUGAAAAUUAGACCAUAUUCAUAGGAUAAACAUAGUACGGACGGGCAGAACAUAUAUAUGAGUCGUGAUUAUGUGUUGAGACAUGUCAUUUUACAUCGUACUGGCAAAAAUAAUGACGUACUAGAGUGAGUAAAAUGUAAAUAACCCCUCAUGUCCAAGUUCGAGAUCAAUAUAUUUGAGACUUUUUCUCUUAGGGUAA